CCUUUAGUUCGUUUAUAAGGAACUGAAUCUUAUUUUUCCCUCAUUUCUUCUGAUUCCUGUUCUCGAUGGCUCCCAAAUCUUCCGACUUCCCUUCUGCAGAUUCCGACUACCAGUCCGGCUUCGGAAACCACUUCUCAUCGGAGGCGAUAGCCGGAGCUCUCCCUCAAGGUCAAAACAGUCCACUGGUUUGCCCCCUUGGUCUCUACGCCGAACAGAUCUCCGGCACCUCUUUCACCGCUCCUCGCAAGCUCAAUCAACGAAGUUGGCUAUAUCGGAUCAAACCUUCAGUCACACACGAACCAUUUAAACCAAGAGUCCCCAAACAUGAGAAGCUAGUAAGUGAAUUCAGCCAGGUCAACAGUUCAAUUAACCCCACACAAAUUCGAUGGAAACCUGUUGAUAUUCCUGAUAAACCAACAGACUUUGUUGAUGGGCUCUAUUCUGUAUGUGGAGCUGGUAGUUCAUUCCUUAGACAUGGUUUCGCCAUUCACAUGUACACUGCAAACAUAUCAAUGGAAAACUCUGCUUUCUGCAAUGCAGAUGGCGACUUCUUGAUAGUUCCUCAAAGUGGAAGGUUGUGGGUCACUACAGAAUGUGGAAAACUACAAGUUUCACCUGGUGAAAUUGUAAUCCUCCCUCAAGGAUUCCGGUUUGCUAUUGAUUUACCAGAUGGCCCUUCACGUGGUUAUGUUGCUGAAGUUUUUGGUACUCAUUUCCAACUCCCUGAUCUUGGGCCAAUAGGUGCAAAUGGGCUUGCUUCCCCAAAGGAUUUCCUUGUGCCCACAGCUUCAUUUGAACAGGAAUCUCGUCCAGGUUAUACAAUUAUACAGAAAUUUGGUGGUGAACUUUUUACUGCUAGACAAGAUUUUUCACCAUUCAAUGUUGUUGCUUGGCAUGGCAAUUAUGUCCCUUAUAAGUAUGAUCUAAGCAAGUUUUGCCCAUAUAAUACGGUUUUGGUUGACCAUGGUGAUCCAUCAAUAAACACGGUGUUGACCGCACCGACUGAUAAACCUGGGGUUGCAUUGCUUGAUUUUGUGAUAUUUCCUCCGCGGUGGUUGGUGGCAGAGCAUACUUUUAGACCUCCUUACUACCACCGCAACUGUAUGAGUGAAUUUAUGGGUCUUAUCCAUGGAGGAUACGAGGCAAAAGCGGACGGAUUUCUCCCUGGCGGUGCGAGUCUUCAUAGUUGUAUGACUCCUCAUGGUCCCGACACAAAAACCUACGAGGCAACAAUUGCGGGUGGUGAUAAUGUUGGGCCACAUAGAAUAAAGGACACAAUGGCCUUCAUGUUUGAAUCAUGUCUAAUGCCACGUAUUUGCCCAUGGGCUCUUGAAUCAUCGUAUGUGGAUCAUGAUUAUUACCAAUGUUGGAUUGGAUUGAAGUCACAUUUUAACCCCAACAACACGCGUAAUUCACAUAAUAAUAAUUGGCAUCCUGAAAUUCAACAAUAGUUUACUUGUUGCUUCUGCUUCUAGGGAAUCAAUGGUAAAUGUUGUGUUUGUAGAUGAUGAAUCAAUCCUAUGUACAUAUGUAAUCAUAAAGGGAUAGAGGCACAUAUUGUAGAGAAUUAACCAUAAAACGAAGGGAACUUAAAUAAAAUUACAAUUGUGUUUGUAGAUGAAUAC